CAUGAGGAAACCCCGCGGCGGGGGCAGCGGCGGCGGCUCCUGAGCCCCGGGAUGGAGGAGAAAUACGGCGGGGACGUGCUAGCCAGCCCCAGCGGCGGCGGUGGCCUCGGGCCGGUGGACGUGCCCAGCGCUCGAUUAACAAAAUAUAUUGUGUUACUAUGUUUGACUAAAUUUUUGAAGGCUGUGGGACUUUUUGAAUCAUACGAUCUCCUAAAAGCAGUUCACAUUGUUCAGUUCAUUUUUAUAUUAAAACUUGGAACUGCAUUUUUUAUGGUUUUGUUUCAAAAGCCAUUUUCUUCUGGGAAAAGUAUUACCAAACACCAGUGGAUCAAAAUAUUUAAGCAUGCAGUUGCUGGGUGUAUCAUUUCACUCUUGUGGUUUUUUGGCCUCACUCUUUGUGGACCACUAAGGACUUUGCUGCUAUUUGAACACAGUGAUAUUGUUGUCAUCUCACUACUCAGUGUUUUGUUCACUAGUUCUGGAGGAGGACCAGCAAAGACAAGAGGGGCUGCUUUUUUCAUUAUUGCUGUGAUCUGCCUAUUGCUUUUCGACAAUGAUGAUCUCAUGGCUAAAAUGGCUGAACACCCUGAAGGACAUCAUGACAGCGCUCUAACUCACAUGCUUUACACAGCCAUUGCCUUCUUAGGUGUGGCAGAUCACAAGGGUGGAGUAUUAUUGCUAGUACUGGCUUUGUGUUGUAAAGUUGGUUUUCAUACAGCAUCCAGAAAACUCUCUAUAGAUGUUGGUGGAGCCAAGCGUCUUCAAGCUUUAUCCCAUCUUGUUUCUGUGCUUCUCUUAUGUCCAUGGGUCAUUGUUCUUUCUGUGACAACUGAGAGUAAAGUCGAGUCUUGGUUUUCUCUCAUUAUGCCUUUCACAACAGUUAUCUUUUUUGUCAUGAUCCUGGAUUUCUAUGUCGAUUCUGUUUGUUCAGUCAAAAUGGAAGUUUCCAAAUGUGCCCGCUAUGGAUCCUUUCCCAUUUUUAUUAGUGCUUUACUUUUUGGAAACUUUUGGACACAUCCAAUAACAGACCAGCUUCGAGCUAUGAACAGAGCAGCACACCAGGAAAGCACUGAACACGUCCUGUCCGGAGGAGUGGUAGUGAGCGCUAUAUUCUUCAUUUUGUCUGCCAACAUCUUAUCAUCUCCUUCUAAGAGAGGACAGAAAGGCACUCUAAUUGGAUAUUCUCCUGAAGGAACACCUCUUUAUAACUUCAUGGGUGAUGCUUUUCAGCAUAGCUCCCAAUCGAUCCCUAGGUUUAUUAAGGAAUCACUAAAACAAAUUCUUGAGGAAAAUGACUCUAGGCAGAUCUUUUACUUCUUGUGCUUGAAUCUGCUUUUUACCUUUGUGGAAUUAUUCUAUGGAGUGUUGACCAAUAGUCUGGGUCUGAUCUCAGAUGGAUUUCACAUGCUCUUUGACUGCUCUGCUUUGGUCAUGGGACUUUUUGCAGCCCUGAUGAGUAGAUGGAAAGCAACUCGGAUUUUCUCCUAUGGGUAUGGCCGAAUAGAAAUUCUCUCUGGAUUUAUUAAUGGACUUUUUCUAAUGGUAAUAGCUUUUUUUGUGUUUAUGGAGUCAGUGGCUAGAUUAAUUGAUCCUCCGGAAUUAGACACACACAUGUUAACACCAGUCUCAGUUGGAGGGCUGAUAGUAAACCUUAUUGGUAUCUGUGCCUUUAGCCAUGCCCAUAACCAUAACCAUGGAGCUUCUCAGGGAAGCUGUCAUGCAUCUGAUCACAGCCAUUCCCACCAUAUGCAUGGACACAGUGACCACGGACAUGGUCACAGCCACGGAUCUGCAGGCAGAGGCAUGAAUGCUAACAUGAGGGGUGUAUUUCUACAUGUUUUGGCAGACACGCUUGGCAGUAUUGGUGUGAUCGUAUCCACAGUUCUUAUAGAGCAGUUUGGAUGGUUCAUUGCUGAUCCCCUCUGUUCUCUUUUUAUUGCCGUAUUAAUAUUUCUCAGUGUUGUUCCACUGAUUAAAGAUGCCUGUCAGGUUCUACUUUUGAGAUUGCCACCAGAAUGUGAAAAAGAACUACAUGUUGCUUUAGAAAAGAUACAGAAAAUUGAAGGAUUAAUAUCAUACCGAGACCCUCAUUUUUGGCGUCAUUCAGCCAGUGUUGUGGCAGGAACAGUUCAUAUACAGGUGGCAUCCGAUGUGCUGGAGCAAAGAAUAGUACAGCAGGUUACAGGAAUACUUAAAGAUGCUGGAGUAAACAAUUUAACAAUUCAAGUGGAAAAAGAGGCAUACUUUCAACAUAUGUCUGGCCUAAGUACUGGAUUUCAUGAUGUUCUAGCUAUGACCAAACAAAUGGAGUCCAUGAAAUACUACAAAGAUGGUACUUACAUCAUGUGAGCUAACUCAAGGAUUACCUCUGGAAUAUGGAAAAUGAAGAUGAAAUUGCUCGGUAUUUAUAAUAUUGCCAGAAGGAAGAAAAUUGCACAUAAUUGUACAGAAACAUUUUGCUGUAUUUGAGACAAAUUCUAAAGUUCCCUACUAUUGGAUCAAGGAAUCUUUCAUAAAGGAAAUUUAAAUACAGAAUGAAGCAUUAAUUGUACAAGUAAAAUAAUUACUUGAAUUACGUGUAUAAUGAGAAUCUUAAAAUUUGAACAUGUGUCACAUCAUCUUCGAAAAUGAACAUAUAAUGAUGGAUUCUGGUGAAGACCAAAAUUACUUCUGUGUGUUUACUUUCUGUCAUAAAAUGUCUCCAUUGUAAAUAAUGUAUUUACAUGUUUAUUACAAAGACCCAAAUGAAAAAUUUUUAGUCAAUUUUUUGCAUAGCCCUAGGAUAAAAUAGGAAUAAAAGUUCUAUAUUUAUGGAUUUUCUGUAUAUAAAACUGGUUUCUAAUUAUAACUUAAAUCCAUUACGUAAAAGCUGUAUUGCCACUUUAAAUGUAAACUAAAUUAUUUAGGAGAAACCAACCACUGAAAUGAGACAAGCUGAAAUGAGAAUAGGGAAUUAAAACAUUAUUGAUGUAUUGAAAACCAACCACUCUGUAAAAUAAAUUUUUUUUACUUUUGGUAA